AUGACUUUGAUUAUCUCUCUCUCUCUCUCUCUCUCUCUCUCUUUCUUUUGGCUUACAGCUAUUGUAUCAAGCUUUAUAUCCACUGUUACAUUAGUGGCAAUUCUUCUGUACUGCUUGAGAAGAAAAUUAUCCUCAAAUGGAUUAAUGACAUUUUGGAAGAAGAGAACAAGAAACACUCAAAAUCUUGAGGCUUUUCUUAGGAGUUUUGGAUCCUUGGCACCCAAAAGAUAUAGUUAUUCAGAUGUCAAGAAAAUGAUGAAUUCGUUUAAAGAAAAAUUGGGGCAAGGUGGUUACGGAGGUGUAUUCAAAGGGAAGCUACCCGAUGGUCGUUUGGUUGCAGUGAAAGUCCUAAAUGCCUCUAAAGGUAAUGGAGAAGAGUUUAUUAAUGAAGUUGCAAGCAUUAGUAGGACCUCCCAUAUCAACAUUGUGACUCUUUUGGGUUUUUGUUUUGAUGGCUCCAAAAGAGCACUUAUCUAUGAGUUCAUGCCCAAUGGAUCGCUUGAGAAGUUCAUCUUCAACAGGAAAUUAAUGAAAACAUGUCAUCGGCUCGGUUGGGAAAGACUAUAUCAAAUUGCAGUCGGCAUCGCUCAAGGAUUAGAGUAUUUACAUCGUGGUUGUAAUACUCGUAUUGUGCAUUUUGACAUAAAACCUCAUAACAUUCUUUUAGACGAAGACUUUUGUCCAAAAAUAUCCGACUUUGGUCUUGCUAAACUAUGUCCUAGAAAAGAUAGUAUCAUUUCAAUGGCAGAUGCUAGAGGAACGCUAGGAUAUAUUGCACCGGAAGUGUUGUCUCGAAACUUUGGAGGAGUUUCACACAAGUCAGAUGUCUAUAGCUAUGGAAUGAUGGUACUAGAAAUGGUUGGAGGACGAAAGAACAUCGAUGCGGGAGUUGAUCACACUAGUGAGAUUUAUUUUCCGCAUUGGAUCUAUAAGCGUAUUGGGCAAGGUGAGCAUUUACUAUUAGACAUGGUUAUGAGAGAAGAGGAAGAAGAAAUAGCCAGGAAGAUGGUUUUCGUUGGUUUAUGGUCCAUACAGGUGGAUCCAGUGAACCGUCCAUCAAUGAGCAGAGUAGUGGAAAUGUUAGAAGGAAACCUUGAGUCUUUGCCAAUUCCCCCCAACCCUUUCUUAUCUUCUCCUCCAAGAUAAAACUAAGUGAUUUUU